CAUCACGUUAGUGUGAUGUGUGUGUGUAGUGACCACCUGCUCUCUUCUCUUGCAGCGUCGUCGCCGAUGUCGUCGAGGAACUUCCCUCCGUCAUUCUGGAACAGUAACUACCAGGUACCUUCGUCGUCGUCCCGGCCUCCUAGCCUGGCCGGCCACCUGGGGGCGUCGCCGGCCGAGCUCUACGACCCGUACCAUGGGGGGCUGCACUCCCUCCAGCCCCCAGCGCCAGACCCAUGGGCCGCUUAUUCCUUAUCUCAGCAGGCGUACAGCCACCGGAGCGUAGCGCACGACGUGUACCAGGCGGCAAUGUCGUCAGUUCAGCCCUCGUCGCGCCCCUACCAUCAGUACUCCUCCCUCUCCCUCCAGCCCCACCUGGGCAGGAUCCCGGCCGUCACCGCCGUCGGAACACAGAUGGGGAUGGCCAAGCCCGAGACCUGGGGAGCGAGGUACCACGAAGCCUUCUCAAGUCCAGAGUUCUCCCACAGUCUCGACACCAACUACUCUACCCCCCACUACACUAAUGUCCCAGGUCUGGAGACGGGAGUGCCACAGGAGGGUGCAAAGGACCUCUAUUGGUUUUAAAGGCUCAUCAGGAUGCUGUGAAAUGGUGUGAAGUAAUCAGGUGUGUGGAGGCAAGUGCCAUUAUGAUGGUCGCCCCUAACUCCCAGAGUCAGCAAGUUAUUCUUGUAUACAAGUGUUGAAAUACUCUAAUGACAAAGCAUUUGAGUGCUACUGACAAGUGUUCACAUGGAUUAUUCAACUUGCACACUGAAAUCACAAGAACAUAGUGAAUAUACAAAUUCAGGGUUGACAGUACUAACACAACUGCGAAUAAGGACGUUCAUUAAGCGCCAGCAGUGUGACCUAUCUGGUACAGGCGGCUUAACGUUU